ACUACCAGGAGAAGGAAAAAAAUAUGUUGUUUGAAGAUGAAAGAGAAUAUUUAAAGUUGAUGAUUUCUUUUGCUUUUCACAUUUCAUAUUGUUUCUUACUUCCUUUUUUUCCUUUUAAUUGUGGAUCCUUAUUUUUGCUCUCACAGAACCCAAAAAUGCUCUUUGCAAGAAAUACAAGCAAUCAACUUGAAUAAUGUCGACUUACAGUUUACCGAGAAUGCACUUUGAGUUAUUGUUGAGGAAGGCAUUGCCAAAAAACACUGGUGCACGAGGCUUAAGAUCUAUACUAGAAAGUAUUCUGACUGAAGCCAUGUUUGAGGCUGCUGACUUCAAUGUCGAAGCUGUAUCUGAGGAGGACGUCCAACAGGCACUGCUAAAGAUGCUUGAAGGAACUGUGAGUAUUUAUUGCAAAUUAUUUCUUCUGUUUGUUCCAAUUGCCUAUUACUCUUGUAAACAUGUUUACAAAUUCCUAUCUAUUGCAAACAGUUUUGAGGGAAAAGCACUAACCACUUGCUAUUUGGAUAGUAAUAUAGUUUAG